CUAUCUGCGUUAUGUCGAGAACCGAGAUCUCGCUAAAAUCUAUUCCUCGUUUGUAUUUAUAUAAUAUAUUAUUAUAAUAUAGCAUACUAUAUUUUUACCGUAUCUAUUAUCGAGUUGUUCGUGUUGUGGCUAUAUAGUUGUUGUGUUUUAGUAUUCUCGGUACUUUGCAUAAAGUCCCAAGUCCCUGUGAUGUGAUGCCGUAACGCGCUGUUAGUAAUAACAUCAUCUACCAAUGCGAUUGUCGUUUCGUAGACCGUUUUUAAAACGUAUCGAAAUGUUGAUGUAAUCGCUCAUUCGACAGCCAUGCACUACUGUUUUAUUUUGUUGAUAGCAAUACUAGGUCAUCAGCCAGGCAAUGUCAAGACCGACUGUAUAGAUAACAAUGGUCGAACUGUUCAGGACGGUAAGACGUACAUACCGGGCCCGGAAAUCUGCACUCGGUGUGUGUGUGACAAUUCUGUAGCUAAAUGGUGUCACCCUGUGCUUUGUACAGCUCCACAGGAUUGCAAGUCUUAUACAACUGUUGGAAAUAUAUGCUGUGAAUUCAAUUGUUUAGACGAAACUCUCAAAGGCGAUAAUAUUAAUGCCAGAUCAAUUGCCAGUACUGUAACGGCAUUUUUAUUUUUUAUAUUAAUUGUUUUCCUCAUCAACCGGUUACAUAAGAGAAAUAUAAUGUCAAAUGGAGAAGUAUUUACUGAUCCAAACUCACUUCAAAUGGGCGAAGGUGUACGUGGAAUUGGGUUCAUUAGUGGCUACAUGAAUUUACCUAGGCCUGAUUUAUACUAUGGGGAUCAUGCAACUCUACAUAUACCCUUGUGGAAGACAUACUAUCCACGUGGUGAUGCACCGCCUCCAUAUGAUGAAGCUAUCGCAUUACCUCACCAAAUAGUACCCCAACAAUUAAAUGCACUAGUAGAUGAAGUUACAGCUUACCAUAGAACUAUACCUUUUAACAUGACUGAAAUUGAACAAAAUGUUCAGCCGCAGACAUCAUGUGACCCCGAGACUGAACCAACUACCAACCAGCAGUUUUUAGAAGAAAAUCAAACGGAUAAUGAUAAAUACCAGUGCCAUGAUAAAAUACCUACAAUUUCUAACGAUGAUUUCCGAGAAGAAUGUGAAAAUUGUAAGCACGAUCAAGAACUUGCUGAAGGGUAUGAUGAUAUUUUCCCUGAACCAGAAACAAUGACGCUAGAACGAAGACCACAAUUAUUAACUCAUGAACACGCUGCAGUUGGUAUUGAAUCACGUUCAUCAAUGACCUUACCAGAUAAUGGAAGACUACGAAGGCCUCAUGUUGGUAACUUGAAAGAUAAAUACAGAGACGGAUGGUUCAAAGAAACUAGUUUAAAAGAAAAUACAACUUCUGAUGAUGAUCAGGCAUAACAGAAAAGAAUUGUCGUUGUUUAGUAUAAUACUUUAUUAUUAUGGGUAAGUAUAAAAUUGGUUAAGUACUGUGCACUUAGCACCAAUUUAAUUAUUGUCUAUUAUUUGUGUCAGUUAAAAAAAAAGUUUUUAUUUUAAUUAGUACCCAAAAUCUUAUUUCUGACAAAAUGACAAAAUAUUUCAUACAUAACAUUUUGCAUAAAAUAAUAAUACUUAUCAUGAUAAACAUAUUAGCUUAUAAUUUAUUAUAAACAUAUACUUGAUUUCAAUUUUACCUUACCUUUAUUGUAAUAAGUAAUAACUAAUAAGUGUAUCAUUUUAUAAUUUCUUGAAUUUCUGUCUUUUAAUGCAAACAUUUCUUUUACUCAAUGUAUUAAUAUUGAUAUAUUAAUUUAAUGUACCAAAGAUAUAUUUUAUAAUUUUUAAGAUCUCAGCUAAAUUAAUUAUUUUAUUUUUUUAAAUUGUAUUAAUUAUUAGUUGUUUUUAGUUUGUAUACUUUUCUGUGAUAAAUAGUUAUUUUUUAGGUAGCUUCUAGUUGAAUUGUAUUAUUGUGCCAUAUAAGUAUGGUAUUGUAUAUUUUUCAAUGUAUAUUGUAACUUAUCCGUACCACAAUUUAUUCUACAGAAUUUAAAUAAAAUUAGAAUAAUAUUUACUGUAUCGUUGCCAACAUCUAAAAAAUGUUCAAUUGAUUUUUAACAGUUUUUGGUAAACUUAAGUAUAUUAACAAUUUUAUCUAUAAGGAUACUAAUUUCACCUAAUGUUUUAAUUUAUAAAUAAAUAUUUAGUAAAUUGUAUUUUAAGAAAGUUUAUUGUAACUUAAGUACCAAAAACUGUAAAAACAAAAAUUUACCACUUUUUAUACGAUUCAUCUUGAAUUUGUUUAAUUAAUAUAAUUCAAAUAGUUUAAACUAUACAUUCUAAUCAAGUUGAUAUUCAAAUAAUUGUUGUAAGAAUUUUCAUUGAUAGUUAGAACAGUAUAUUAUAAUAUAUCGUUUUUAUGGAAUGGACAAUAAUAUAUUGAUAUUCUUUAUUAUUUAAUAUUUAAUGAAUAAACAAAUAGGUACUCAUGAGUUAUGCAUAAUUAAAAUGAUACAAUAUUUAUUCUACUUAUAAAUAUUUAAAUAACCGGUUAAAUGUAAUAUUUUUUAUUAUAUUUGUUUUUAAUGUUUACAGUUAAAAUUAUCCUAUGUAGUAUUUCUCAAAAAAAAAAUA